AUGGGCCGCAAGAAGAUUCAGAUUAAACGUAUUGAAGAUGAUCGCAAUCGUCAAGUGACAUUUGCCAAGCGUAAAAAUGGUAUUUUUAAGAAGGCCAUGGAGUUAUCAAAGCUUUGCGACUGUGAGAUUGCGUUGAUUGUGUUUGAUUCGAACGAGAAGCUUUACCAGUACUCAAGUACCGGUGUGGAUCAGAUUCUGCUAAAGUACACGGAGUACGGACAGCCCUUUGAGACUAAGGAUAAUAAUGAUUACGAGGUCAUGUUUGGUGAGAAGAAAAAGCAGCUGCAAGAAGCGGCCAAGGCAGCGGCAGCAGCAGUCGCAGGAGCUAAUGUUGAAGCAUCUUCUAACUUUGAUAUGACUGACGAAUCGACCGCUAAUGGAACUACGGAGCAGUCUUUCCAAUCCAUGCAUGGAGGUAUGAACGGUGCUCCACUGGGACUUGCAAACGAUCCCGACCAUUACAUGCUCAAUUCUUGCAGUCGACCGCGGGCUCAGAAAAAACGGGUGCAUCGCAGUUUCCAGCAGCUUCUCCAGAAGGCACACAUUGGUUACACACCUCCAACGCUUCCACUCUACCAGCACGGGAUGGGAGCACCUGGAGGUCCUCCAAACCACCACAUGUUUAACGCACUUCCCAGCCCACCCAAUCUCUCAGGCAUUCUUCCAUCACCUACAACUGGCAUGCUUCUGCAUGACUUCAGUCCCCAAAAUGCAAGUUUCUUUGGGCAUAACUCCAUGCUUGCUCCUGGCAUGCCUGGAGAUUUUCAUGACAGCAAAAGCAGUGUUUUCGGUCUAAACCUUGUGUCGUCAGACUUUGGCCAAGGUUGUGGUAACAGCGUUCAGCCACAACAGCUGCAGCAGUCAGAAGACCCGUUCUAUGCUUCAAGCAAGCAAAGCGAUUUGCCUGACAUGUCCAGUGCCAAUUGUCCGAGUUCUUUUGUCGGUGGUGGUGAGGUGUUUGCAGACACCAAAGCUUUCGAUGCUGACGUAACAAAUUGCAGAGUAGCGAGGCCGUUGGAAAAGACGCAGGAGCAGUCACAGGAAUAUGAUUUUACGAACAAUAGAGAAGACUCACAAGCUGUGAAGGAGAACGAGACGACAGUUAAUGACGAGUCUGCUGUAGACAAAGUCUUGUUACCGAAACGUGAACCGAAACAGGACAGUUAUGAUGACCCUGUCAUAUCUUCAAACUUGACAAAGUGUAGCGAUACUCAAGGCGCGUCUCCAACCAGAGCAGUUGCGUCUUCAGAAUCGCUGGCUCCGAGCAUCACGUCGGACCCAACAGGCUGUGAAAUAGAGAAGCGUUCACGCUCGGAGAUAAUGGAAACAGCGUCUACAAGUCCGCACAAGCGUCAGCGCAUGGUUGUUUGA